CACUUCUUAAACCCUACAGAAGCCAAAACCCCAAUUGAGGCUGCUCUGAGUACACGAAGGUCUCAAGUUCUUUUCCUCAGCUUUCUUCCUCAGUCAAAUGGCAAAGCGUUUGAUCCCUUGUCUGAACCGCGUUCUGGUGGAGAAAAUCAUUCCUCCAUCAAAGACCAAUGCUGGAAUCUUGCUCCCGGAGAAGACCGCUAAGUUGAACUCGGGGAAAGUCGUUGCUGUGGGUCCUGGCAUUCAUGAUAGGGAUGGAAAGCUGAUUCCUGCUGGUGUGAAGGAAGGAGAUACAGUCCUCUUGCCCGAAUAUGGUGGUUCUGAAGUAAAGCUUGGUGAUAAAGAGUUCCAUCUGUAUCGAGAUGAAGAUAUAUUGGGGACACUGCAUGACUGAUGUAAUUUUCCUUCCCAUCAUGUUGAACACCUUCUCAAACAUGCUUUUGGGUCGCAGCUAUAUUUUAGCAGUAGUAGAGUUUGGCCAUGCUUGGCGGCGAACAGUUAAGAAUCGUGUCCUGAAUUAAUUGGGAACAAUGUAGUUUCCUAUUGUUGGAGAAACAAUUCCCAGAAAUACCUCGAUAUUUCGUGUCUUUCUAGUUGUGACUAUCAUUUUGUUUUGCCUAUUUUCUUAUCCCUGUGAAGUUUGGAAACUGUUAUUUUGGU